AUGCCACCCAACGCGGAGGUCCGCAAGCACUGGCUUCGCAACGACUACGUCCGCGCACGCCUGCGCGAGAUCCUCCGCGCGGACAAGCUGGAGGGGAGAGAUGUGCACUUCCUGGGGGGUCUGUGCACGGGGGGUGUGGCGGACCCGAAGAAGCGCGGGAUGAAGGCCUCCGUCAAGCCCGACGGGGUGCUGCUGGCGUUCCAGGGUGGGGGUAAGGAGGGUGACAAGUUCGGCAUCCAGUCCUGCGUGUACGCCAGCGUGAACAAUCCCAACGUGGUGCAGGCCUUCCACUUCGCCUCCCCCGCCGGCGCCUCCGCGCUGCGCUGCCCGUCGGUGCGGGACUUUUUGGAGCGCAACGUGCCUCGCUGGUCCUCCAUGCGCUGCUCCUCGGAUGCGGAGGUGCAGGACUUCCUGACCAAGCGGACGCACGGCUCCGAGAGCUUCCUGCGCGUGGAGGGCGCGGCCACCUCGAGGUCGGCGGGUGAUACGGUGGAGGUGCGGUACCGGAAGGGGGACGCCGUGAGCAUCGCCGGGAGCCUGCAGGAGCACGGCGCUUCGACGCUGCACGCUGCGGGGGGUGAGACGGUGCUCUUCCGUUCCUGCAGCGUCAACAGGGCCCCGGGCUUCAUCGCGGAGCUGGGGAGAGGAGAGAUGAAGCGGUCGCUGCUGGUGUCUCACGGGCUCUUCUCUGUCAUCCUGGAGCCCGUGGUGAAGCGGGACCCUUAUGUCACCGGCUUCAGGUCGCUGGCCAAGGCGGUGUCGCACUCCAUGUUCGAGCUUCAAGGGAGUUUCACGGACAUCCCCUGCACUUUCACGGACCGGAAGGAGGCGCGGAGGCGCAUCUCGGACAUGGGGCUGAUCACCACGCAGCCCAUCCGUAAGGGCUCGCCCUUCGAGGCGGUCGCGGCGGCGUGCGGCGUGCGGUAUUGGGACGGGACCGAGAGCAAGCGCUACCUCUUCUCCGCGCACGGCUCGAGCAACUCCCCCGCGGUGUUCCGCGAGCUCGGCAUCAAGGAGGAGGACACGCGCGGCCUGAUGCGGCUGGGUAUGACCGACGAGGAGAUCCAGGACUGCCUGCUCGCGGCGAACGCGGCGGCGGGAGCGCCUGCCGGCAUCCGCCUGCUCAACGCCCCUGGGUACACCGCGGCGGCGACGGAGGGCGGUUACGGGAGGGCGGACGGCAUCGACAUAGAGUUCCAAUUUGAUUAUGGGAGUGACGGGAAUCCCAUCCAGGCGCAGAUCCUCCCUGCCGCCAAGGCGAUGGGGAUGCUGGGAGGCGUGGCGGAGGCCUGCAAGGGUGACUCCGCCCAGUUCAUCUCCUUCCUCCGGAACGGGGCGGUCUACGCGCUCUACGCGGUGGGCGGGAUGCGCCUGCUCCCCGCGGCGAGGGUGGCGGCGGAUAUGGGCGUGUCAGGGAUGGAAAGGGGUGGCACUGCCAGUAACCUCCGCGAGGCUGUGGCGCGGCUCUGCUACAUCGUGGCGGCGUGCCGGGCGGACCCCGAGCUCGCGCCCUUCGAGCACACCCUGCGCGCCGUGUGGCUCUGCACCGAGCGCAACCGCCCGGAGGAGUGCAUCGGUCAGUACGUUCUUGAUCUCGUCUGCAAGCUUCCGGACCUCGCUCUUGAGGUAGAGGAUGUAGCCGAUCAUCCUAGCGUCGUUGGCGUUGAGCUUGCGAAUGCCGGAGUAGGCCCCGUCACGGAGGUUGAGGGUGGACUGGAGGAUGGAGCCCGCGGCCUUGGAGAGGCUCUCGCGGAGGAUUGGGUGGCGGGAGAGGAAGGUGAGCAGCUCUCUCUCGGUGAAUUUCGGGGUUGCCGUCGAUUGGUCCUCGUUGCGCGUGAUGAAAUCGUUAAGGUCCACCCCGCGCUCGACGAACACCUGCCGGGUGAUCUGCAGGGCGUCGGAGAGCGAGUUCCACGCCACGGGGGUGAGGGUGUGGAUGUUCUGCUCGAGGAUGUUGAUAAGCCGCUUGAAGCUCCGGAGAAGUCGACGCUGAGCGCCUCGUUGCGCCGCGAGAGGGCGUCGAAGUUGGGUUUCAUGACGAUCGAUAAGCUCAAGAGAGUGGAAGCGCCCGCGAUGCCUUCCGUGACUUGCAAUUCCAGGCCCUAUACACCGCCUGGCGGAUCGCGUGCUGGCGGAGAAAACAUGGAGGGGGCGCGCAAGAUCGACCGCAUCUGCACCCACGUCAGGGAGGUGUGCAACACGGAGGCGCACGGGGGGAGAUGCAUGGUGGUGAGCGGGACGACCUGCAUGCUGACGGACUACGAGGAGUGGAACGGGGAGAUGCACGACCGGGUGAAGGACCGCUUCCCCGACGUGGACGUGAUCUGCACCCACAACCCGCACUCGUCGACGAGCUUCUCGGUGGUGUUCUCCGUGCCGGAGCGGGACAGCCUCCUGCUGGCCUUCUUUGUGGUGCUCUUCAUCGUCACCUCGAGCGUGGCGGUGGCGUCCCGUUUGCUGGUGCCGGGCAUUUGCACGGGUGGAUUCGGGGGGAUGGGCGCGGGGCUUCUGGACCUGGACCUCCUGAAUGUUGACCUCCUGCGCUGUGCGGGUAAGGCUACGGCAUGUGUAGGAAAGGGCAGCCGGUGCAUCAUGGCCCAGACCGAGCGCGGCUUGUUCAUGUCUCUAUUCUUGCUGGCGUUCUGUUGUUCCAUACUGUUCUUCGGUGCUUACAUUCGGCACAUCCAAGUCUACGGUGAGAAUGAGGGCAAGAUCAGCUUCCCCAUCUUCAAGUCGCUGUACAGCAAUGUGUACGGCCGUGCCAUCGGCAGCCAGCACGUGACCCUCUUCGGGGAGACUUCGGUGCUGCAGACCACCACCCCGGGCGGGAUGUCGUACAUGCCGAUGGCUCCCCUGCCUCUGAGCUUCGACGAACCCACCUUCGCGGACCGCAGGAACUACACCUACUACCUGUGCCAGGAUGCGGGAUACGCUGCUGGUCUCUCUAUGACUGAACGUGAAAGGCAACACAGGUUGUGCAACAUCGAGCGCUCGAAGCAGGUGGCGCUGUACCGCAACAACCCCGUGAGCAUCACCUUCUCCGCGGCCUGGAAUCCCUUCUUCAUGGUCAUGGUGGUGCUCUUCAUGUACGCGAGCUGGCUGUUGCUCCUCUGGGACUGUUCGGGUUACACUGAGGCAAACAAGAUUUUCUGGUUGUUGCAAUACUUUGGAAUGUUCAAGAUCUGGAUCUAUUCCUUCUGGCACAUUUUAAUCCUCAUUGUGGUGCUCUUCUCCGCGAUCUUCCAGGUCGACAACGCGGUCAUCCCCCGCAACAACGUCAUCUUUGCGCUGGUGCUCAUCGCUGCCACGAUUGUGCAGCAGAUUAUUACUAUGAGGAGAUGCAGCAAGGACCAAGUGAAGGGGGACGUUGCCAUGUUCGAAGGUAUCAAUCUUAUUGCAUGCAUCCGGAUGACAAAUAGUUUUCUUCCACCUGGGAAGAAUAUGCAAAGCAAUGAAUCAUACGAGAACUACAGAGUGAUCAACGUGAUCCUGAGCUCGCAAAUCUUCCUCUUUCCCACCUUGAUCCUGAGUCUCUACGCCAUCGCAGUGAACAACGCCGUGGAGUGGUCGUUCCAGGCGGCCUUUGUGCGAUCGGUGCUGCUCAUCAUGGGGCUGAUGCUCCUGAACUACCGCAGGAUUAAUCCCAUCCGUACGCACAACAAGGUGCAGAAGGAGAUGGACAUGGCCGCAAAACAGAACGCGAGGUUUGGAUUCAUGCGGACACAGUUUGGUUUGACUGCACCGGAUGCCUAUCAGGAUGGCAAUCCCAGGGCGAUCCUGGUGGAUGAUGGAAAGGAAUCAGAUGAAAAUCCUGGUUUAAUGCAGGAAGAUCCAGACCUACCUAAUCUCACCAUCAAUUACAGCAUGGAUACGAUCUUGGUGUUUGCCGUGUUUCUGUUGCUGUGGAUCAACCAGAUUGUCUACGACAUCAUUCUGCUCAACCCCGCGGAGUCCACGAAGUUUUUGACAUGGUUCGCUUAUUUGUUGAACUUUCCAUUCGUGGCAUCCAUCCUUCUCUGUAAUUACUUCACGACCACCAAUUACAGGUGGGUCGUGUACUUCAACGCCAUAAUCUUCGCCUUCGCGAUCAUCGCAGGCUCCCUCGUCGUGUUCAUCGACGUGUUGCUGGGCCUGAACAAGACGCACUGCACCUUUAACCAGCCGCAGAAAUUCUUCUGUGGAAACGCAGCGAAUCACAACCUGAAUUUCCCUGCUUAUCUCAACCCUGUUCCUAUCCACGCGACGACGUUCGCGGACGUGUACAGCGGGAUGUCGAGCUCGCUGACCUUUGCUAUCUAA